AUGGCGCCCACCAUACACUCCGCUAAGCUGACAGUUUCCUGUCCGCUGUUCGCCGCUGAUUUUGACCCACGAGAUAAUGGUCGACUCCUAGUCGGCGGUGGAGGCGGCGAGGGUCGCAGUGGUGUCGGAAACAAGAUCUCCCUGAUCGACACAUCCCGUCGCGACGAGAUUACCGAGGCCGUGGAACUCAAACUAUCGCGCGAUGAAGACUCCGUGACAUCGUUGGUUGCUGCGCCAGUGGGACGUGAUGAGGCCGACUCGCUGGUUACCUUCGCGGGAAUCAACAGCUCUGUCGAGCAGCAGAAGCUGAACAACAAUCAACAUCUGCGCUCAUUUAGGUUCGAGGUCCCGUCGAAGGGCAAGGAAGAGAGCAAGUCGGAUGAGAAAGUCGCUUCCGGAAAGGCCACUGCUCUGUCACAGGCAUCACUCUUCCGAACAAAGAAUGGACCCGGCUCGUCCGAUACGUAUCAGCGAGUGACAAGGCUCUCUCCGUGGUCGAAACAACAAGGCAGCGAAAAACACACUCGGAUCGGAGGCGUCACAACUGGAUUGGCAGCUUCUGGUGAGAUUGUCUUGUUCAGUGUUACAGACACUCCCGGCGACAAGGACAUCAUUGGUCGCAUUCAGCUAGGUGACAACGAAGAGGCUGAAGAUCUUGACUUCGUCGGCCUUGAUCAAGGGUCGGAAAAGACCGAAAGUGCGCAUGGCCGAUUCUUGUUGGCUUAUACCAAUGGACCCGAUGUGAUGAUCGGCGAGGUUUCUUCUUCCAGUCGCUCCAACACCUCCCCCGAGGUCCGCUCUGUGUAUUCUAUUCCUCUGCCAUCCAGUGGAGCCCGCAACGCACGCCCUAAGUUCCGCGCUUUGCGUUUCCUCUCACCCAAGACACUUCUGCUGCUCCAAAAUGCACCAAACCGCAGUGGUAGUGAAUUAGUACUUCUUCAGCUCCCAAGUACGGCCCAGGGCAGAGCUCAGGUCCUCCGGCGCCGCAAGCUCCCUCGAACUUUCAAGAUUGGCCUCGGUCUGGAUAUCUGCCAACUGGGAACAAACCCGCAAGGGCAGCAACAAACGGUUAUCGCAGUCAGCGGCAGCGACAACUCCAUCCCCUUAUUUACUUUGGAAUACGGCCCAAAGCGCGGCUACAGCAAUUUCCGCUCAUAUACGACCAUUCGCGAUGUGCACCCAUUCUCAAUGACCCGACUCGCCUUUUCAACCUUCAUUGCGCCCCCGCACCCAGUAACUCCAGAAGUCGGCCCGCAGAACAUCAAGCUCGCCUCUGUAAGCAUGGGCAACACGAUUGUUGUACACACCUUCCCACUUUCUCCCUUCCCGACCUCCUCUCGCACCCCGCGCUACGUGCUUGCCAUUCCCGGUCCAUCAGAGGUGUGGGAGCUGGUCUACAGCAUCGUCAUUCUACUCGUGUCUAUCUUUGUCAUAUGUCUGUCUAUGCUAGCCUUCGCCGAGAUCCGUGGGGGGACACCUCCAUUCCUCGGCGCCACAGAGUGGCUCCCUGUCCCUAUUCGCAACACCAUCGCGCGGGAGUAUGUCGUUCCUCCGCGUGAAAAAUUGACAUACUUCGAUACGCUGCUUGCCCCUCGCGAUGUUCCCGUUGCCCAGACCAUCCCCGAUACCGCGAUCGAGUCUCUACGGGAUAUUCUCGACCGCGUACACGGAGCUGGCGCCGCACCUGCAGACCUGGCUACUACCGAGCCGCAAUCUGUCUCUGUGAUUGUUCGAUGCAGUGAUGGUAACACCGCUGAACAAAGUGUGAUCAUUGAGACUGCUAAGUUUUCCCAUCAUGAUGAGCCGUCUGAAGAGCAGAAGUUGCAGGCUUGGAAGGAUCUCUCUGCUCCUGAACAGGUAUCCUGGAAACAGAAGCUUGAGGAUGCCGGUCGUUGGACUGCCGCUGAGGGUGAAAGUGUACUUUUAGGUGUACUGUUUAGUGAAGCUUGUGGGAACUUGGGUAGGGCUGUUCGCGAGGAGUUGCCUUGA